AUGGGGAGCUCUGGUGAGGCUGCCGACAAGAGCCUUGAUGUUUCAGUUGGAUGCUUGGUUUGGGUUCGCAGGAGAAACGGUUGCUGGUGGCCGGCUCAAAUUCUCAGUCCUGAAGAGCUGCCAGAAAGCUCCUCAGUUUCUGAAAAAUUAGGGACCCCUGUUAAACUCCUGGGAAGAGACGAUUCCAGUGUGGCUUGGUAUAAUUUUGAAAAGUCGAAACGUGUCAAAGCAUUUCGUUGUGGGGAGUAUGAUGACUGUAUUGAGAAAGCUAAGGCAGCAGCUAGUGCUUCUUCAAAAGUAGUGAAGUAUGCUCGAAGGGAUGGCGCCAUUCUUCAUGCUCUUGAGAUUGAAAAUGCUCGCCUAGGGAACGAUCCUUCUGACCUUUCCUUAGCUGUUGAUAAGAAAGAGGAAGAGUUGCAGUGUGAGAACUCCCUUGAUACUUUACAGAGUCUAAAAGAUACCGAAUAUUCUGAGGCUGAACAACAGAUGAGUUUUUCCAAAGAUGAUUCUGAUUCUGAUGCUGGUUCCGCUUCUAAUUCUGAGCUGGAGUUUUCUCAUUCUGGCGUGUCAUUUGAAGGGCAAAGUCAAAGUAGUACUGGAAAAGAUGAAUUGGCCGAGGUUAGACAGCAGAGAACUCCAAAUGAUUCAGAGGAUGAUGGAAUGGAAGGCAUUAAGCGCAUGAAAGGACUUGACGAUCUGGGUAUGGGUGUGGUGUCAUCAUUGAAAAGGAAGAGAUCUACAGUAGCACAUGCUCAUGAGUCCCUUAAAAGAAAAAGUCGCCGCCGAACAUUAUCUAAGGUUUUGGAGAGUACUGCAAUGGUAUCUGUACCUGUUUUAUGUGAACAACUUGGGAGUCCAACUGGAUCUUGUAUCCCUGGGUCAUUUGAUAACAAGAUUUCUGGAUUAGAUCCUGAUGGUGGUAGAAUUCUGUAUGAGAAUGGAGAUGCCUGUGAAUCUUCCAUUGGUAGAUGUACCGAGAAGGAGAAUGGAAUUUCAGGCUUGUCGGGGUGCCCUGAGAAUGAUUCUUCUGACAGUUUAUACGACGUGCCUCUUAUUGCGGAAGAAAAGGACUCAGCAGUGAUUCGUUCUGCUACUCAAAAGGGUCAAGGUGGCUGUGGAACUCAAUCUAGUCAAAGCAGUCAAGUGGAAACAGCUUCCUUGGGGAAUGAUGAGUUAAUUGAAUCUGGUUCUGCCAGUUCAGGAGCUGCUGAUAUCAAUAUUCUGAACAGCAUGUUAGAAAAAGGUGCUUCAGAAUGGCAAUUAAAGGGGAAGAGAAACUCUAGACACACCAGCAAAAACAAAAGGCUAGAUACAAGAUUUAUGGAUGUUGACAAGGAUUCCAGUCCAUAUUUGAGGGGUAUGGAUCAGGAUGCAUUUACCCUUGGUUCUGGUCGAAAAGCUGAGUGCAACUCGAUUGAUGGGGCCAGUCCUUUGGAUAAUCGGGUAAAGUCCAGAACAGUUACUGAUAUUCACCAAGAUGAUUUUCGAGGAUGGAGCAGUUCCCUCAAAGGAUCUCAAGAUGAGGACCUACCUGCUGACUUGCCUCCGAGGUCACAACCCUUGCGUAUGUCUCGUUUUGUGUUAAAUCCGAAGUACGACUCAUCUGAUUUUUCUCUGAGGCACCACAUUGCAGAAAAUUCCUUGUAUGAUGUUAAUGUUGAAGUUAAAGGCAGCUAUCGACCUCAACAUGUUCCAUAUAUCUCUUUAAUGAGUAAGUUAAAUGGCCAACCAAUUGUUGGCCAUCCUCUUACUGUUGAUGUCUUGGAGGAUGGUGCUUCUGAUCAUCUAAUGAGCAGCUCAGAAUGCUAUAGCAGCAGCUACGAGCUGGAUGAUGAUCAUGGUGACGAUCCGUUUGUUUUUGAUACGGUGUAUGAAAGAAGGUCGAAGUCAGGUGGAAGGAGGGGAAAGAAGUAUCGCAAAACAUGGGGUUCACCUUCAAAGCUGCAGAAGUCAAGGAAGAAUGGUGCCUUGUCAAAAAAGAUCCGAAGAUUGUCUUCUCUCACUAGCCACAAGCAUGGUAAUAACGAUGACAAGAAACCGAUGACGGAGAAGCUCAAGGGUCCUGCUGUAGCUUGUGUACCAUUGAAAGUAGUAUUCAGUAGGAUAAAUGCUUCCUUGAAUUGCUCCAUACGACCAACACAGCGCCUCCUUCCACCAGCCAGUGCGUGA